AUGGCGUCACCAAUUCGUUGUGGCGUGUGCUGGAUGAGGGAGCCUUGCGACGAAAGUUGGAAGACGUGCAAGAACGGCUGUGCACCUGGUUUUUAUGGCCAGAUCUGUGACAAAGCUUGUAAUAAUGGCCAUUACGGAUCGGAAUGUUCCCAGAAGUGUGGCCAUUGUAGAGGUGGUGUCCAGUGUCACCACAUCACGGGAUUCUGUCCUAACGCCAAGUGUGACACUGGCUGGCUUGGUACCAAGUGCGAUCUUCGAUGUCAGAAAGGCCGAUACGGUGAACUGUGUGUUGGGGUGUGUGGUGUGUGCCUGAGACAAGAGCCUUGUGACUUUGUGACAGGAGAUUGUCCAGAAGGAUGUCAGCCCGGCUAUAUGGGCGAGUACUGCAACAUAAGUUGUCCGCAUGGCUCUUAUGGACCAAGUUGUAGGGAGACUUGUGGAGUGUGCAAAGACAGGAAAACCUGUGAUAAGAGAUCAGGUGUGUGUGCCUUUGGCUGUGAGCUUGGAUAUCACGGAGAGUUAUGCAAGACAGCUUGUGAGAGAGGGAAGUAUGGCUACCAGUGUUUGUCUACCUGCGGGAAAUGCAUUGGAGGUGAGCCGUGUGACAAGGCUACGGGCAAAUGUGAUGAGGGCUGUGAACCAGGCUUCUCGGGGACACGCUGUCUCUGAUAGUGUCCAAAAAUUCGUUGAAACCAUGAGAACGCAUCGCUGAUUAGCAAGGCUGAAUAUUUAUCCAUUAAUAAAAAUAUCGCGUUUGCUAAUUGCAAUAUUUGUCUAUCGCUCUAUCGCAUUAACUGUCUUUACGUCACCGACCACUGGAAUACAAGAAGACUCCCCAUAAACAUUCCAUUGUGAAGAUCUGCUGAAAGGACCCAUUGCUAGAUGAGAAGUAGACCAUCUCUCGCAGAAGCUAAUUUUCAACCUACUCACAGUGACAGAUCAUCUGCGGACUGACAAUGGGGUUUUCGGUUUGUUGUGAAAGUUGUUAAGUUAUCGGUGUAAUAGAUGACAUAGGCCAAGCUAAAAAAAAUACUCGUUGCUCAACAUAGGCCUACUAGGUCUUCUUUAAAAGACAUGGGCUAAUAUUACUUCCAUAGCAUUUUGGUGUGUGAAACAGGUUUUGUCUUACGAAUUCUGUGGUGAAUAUCUGACAGGGUCCUUAAGAGACAUAUUGUUUAAGAAUGUUAAGUGAUAACGAACUUUUACACAGAUCGUAGGUUAAAUCCCAUUCCAAUUAUUUGCAAAGCAGUCACAACCUGGGAUCAGCAUUGAAAAUGAUUUAUUUAUUUAUUUUAUUUUAUUGAUGUUUUACGCCCUACUCAAGAAUAUUUCACUCAUACAACGGCGGCCAGCAUUAUGGU